UACAGCAAAGAUGGCUGCUUCCAUAAUGGAGCAUGGGGAAGAUGCGUUCAGAAAGUUGUUUAAACUUUAUAAGCGAAGAAGUCCACCACCUGAUUUCAGUGACGUCCUUGACUUUUCAAAGAUUGUUAAAUGUGACAAGGUCUUUCCCACCAAACUGGACCCAACUGUAGUCAGUGAUGGGGAGGCAAAGAUGGAGGGACUGCGACCUAUCAGGGACUGGCAGGCCUUCGGCAUUCAAGGAUAUCCAGGGUUCAUCUUCAUCUCUAACCCAUUCCUGCAUGGCUCACAGCACUACUGGAUCAGACAGUGUCUGAAGACCUACCCUCAGAAGCCCAACGUUUGCAACUUGGACAUGCACAUGUCCCCCACUGAGACAGAGGAUAUAUGGGGGAAGAGUACCCACCUACUCCAGAGCAAGGACUCAGGGAAAAGGGAACCCAAGACACUGCUGGAAAAGCUUCGCUGGGUGACCCUCGGCUACCACUACAACUGGGACACCAAGACGUAUUCUGCAGAUCACUAUACGCCUUUCCCUGACGAUCUUUACUCAUUGUCCCGCCACAUCGCCGCGGCCUGUGGUUUUGCCAGCUUUAGAGCCGAGGCAGGAAUCCUUAACUACUACCAUUCCGAUUCUUCCCUGGGCAUCCAUGUGGACGAAUCGGAGCUGGACCACACGCCACCGCUGCUGUCAUUCAGUUUUGGCCAAUCAGCUGUGUUCCUCCUUGGAGGCACCCAGAGGGAAGACCUGCCCACAGCCAUGUACAUGCACAGCGGCGAUGUCAUGGUGAUGUCAGGACACAGCCGCCUCCUCUACCAUGCCGUGCCACGCAUAGUUCCAGCCCCCAAGGGAGACCCCUUAAAUCCCACUCUAGAGUUGGGUGGCUUAGACCUCGGCCCAGACCACGGACUCACCCAGCCUUGUACCCAGGGAAAAAGCCCACUGGUCAGGCAGGUGUCUGCUGAGGACUGGGCAGUGUGCUCCAGGUACAUCCAGACUUCCAGGUUGAAUAUGACUGUCAGACAGGUGCUGGGGCCUGGGAUGGCAUUCCCCAAGGUGGAUACUACCAAACAAACAGAAACAAGUGACACAGAAGGGUACCAUGAAGUUCAGGAUGGACAGAAUCGGGGUCCGAAGAAGAAGAGGAGUGACUGUUGACUGAUGAUUACAUGUUAUGGUUGCUGACAUAUUACAUUACAGACACAUACUUCUAUAGCUUCUUGAUGACAAGCAAAUCAUUUACAUAGAUGUAAAAAUAUUUAUUGUAUUUAUAAAGUGAUUGUUGAAACAGUUCAGUAAACCAAAACCCUAGUAUACAGUAUGUACCCCUGCCCCUCAAAUGUAUACUUUCACGAAAGUAUUCGAAGAUGGAAUUUUUUUAGACAACCAAGAUGGCCGUUCAUCAAUUAGUUGUCUAUCCAGAGGCAUUUUGGUUCACCAGCAUUUUGGUUCAUUCUGCACCGGUUGUUAAUGCCCCUUGGAAUUUACUGAGAGGUUCCAGACUAAUACCCAUUUGCAAAUUGGUUUGGCGAUGCCAGACCAAUCGCAAGAUCAAAAUGGUCUGUUUUCUGGUUUGGAAACAGAACUAAUUCCCAGGUGAAGGCCUAUCAUUCUAAUGGAGAGAAAAUGAAUGGGUAUGUGGGUGGGGCGAGUGGGUUGGAGGGGGAAAUGAACCCACUCUAUCAGGUGACAGAUGCAUGCAUCAGAAUUUCCAAGUAACGAUCUUGAGCGGAGAUGUAUCUCACUGGAGUGAGGCUAAUUUGUGAAGGAGGAAGGGAUGGGUGUGGUUUUGUACCCCUGCACUUGCUUGCCUGAGUACCCCAGUACAUGUAUGUUUUCUGGUAAUGACAAUAAUGGUUGUUGUGAUGUGUGGCUUAGUGGUAAGUAGAGUGUGCACAUAUUCAUGCAUGUGACAGAGUCUGGGGAAAAAAAUGAGAGGCUGUGUUCGUGUGAGGGAUCUAGAAGCAACAGGGCAGAAACAAAGACGGCAACUACGUACAGAAGAGCAGAUAAUGUACAGGAAACAGAAAUUAUAUGACUACAUAGAUCAUUCUGACAGUGCAUACUUUUAUAUGGGGAUUUAGGGCGCCUCUGCGCAUCAGGAUGGAAAUGCUGGGUAUGGAGGUAUAUUGGGGUCAAAAAGAUUUGAAGUGUAAAACUGAAUAUAAACGCGGAAUACCCAG